UUCCUUUUCUUUUUUUUUCUUCUUCUUCUUUUGUUUAUAUCGUAAUAAAUAGAAAUGUCUAGAUCUUUAACACCUCCUAUUAAUGAUGAAUACACUGCUUUUACGAAAAAAUCAAGACAUGGUCAUGGAAAAGAUGUAGUUGAUACAAACAAUAUUAGACAAGUUGCUGGAUGUAUACCUCUAGACUUGAAUAAUCAGCGUGUACUACUUAUUUCCAGCAGAAAAAAUGAGGAUGCUUGGGUUUUGCCUAAAGGUGGCUGGGAAACUGAUGAAACUCAAAAGCAUGCUGCUCAAAGAGAAACAUGGGAAGAGGCAGGCGUGAAAGGCACGAUUACAAAGAGUUUAGGUAUCUUUGUAGAAUACAAGAAAAAGAAAGGCGUAAAAGCACAUCAUUGGAUAUUUGAAAUGAAUAUUGAAGAAAUUGCAAAAAAAUUUCCAGAAAAGAAGAAACGAGAGAGAAGAUGGUUUACAUUUAAAGAAGCCUUGAUUGCUACACAGAACCACCCUUAUAUUCAACAAGCACUUUUCAAGUCAAGUUUAAAUCCUAAUAAUCGACCUCUUUCUCCAAGGAUUUCACUUGAAGAAACUAAUUCUAAACAAAUGGACGAAGUUCCUCAACAAAUAAACAAGCGUACAUCUGUUAUUAAAUCAAUUAAAUCCAUGCUUUAUUAAAAAUAAUAUCCAUAAUAUAUAGAUUUCACUCUCUAUUUUCUUUCAUUUUGUUCUUUUUUUUUCAUUUUUCUAUUACAUUUUUUUUUACUUCAACAUUACUCUUGUACAUAAAUAAUAAACAGUUUUAGUUUUCUACAUACUCU